GAUAGUGAUGCUGGUAAAGACUUGCGCAAAAUUGAUUUCAAAUUAUGGUGCAAGGCAUAUUUUAGAACGGAUGUGAAAUGUGAUACUGUUGAGAACAACUUAUCAGAGGCCUUCAAUAGCACCCUUCUCAAAUGCAGAGGAAAACCUAUUAUUCCAAUGCUAGAGGACAUUAGAGUUGCAAUGAUGAAAAGGAUUGCCAAAAAAAGGAAAUAUGUCAAAAAGUGGUCAGGACAAUUUGGACCUGUGAUUAUGAAUAAAUUGAACAAAAACAUUUUAGCUAGCCAAGGAUGGAAUGUGGAUUUCAACGGGGACGAUGGCUAUGAAAUUAAAAAGGGAAAACAACAAUUCAAGGUCAGUCUGAAUGGUAAAACAUGUUCCUGUAGGAGGUGGAAUUUGUCUGGAAUACCUUGUGCGCAUGCC